AUGUCUGCGUUUGAACAAAUUCUCCAUCAUUUGGAAAAUGCCGAGUCUGAAAGCUUGAACUCCAAGCUAUUUGAUCAGACUAGGGUGCAAUUGAAAGAUCCCAGUCUGUAUGAGUCGACUGAUGUGUUGAAUGAGUUUGGGUCAAAGGUCAUCAAGAUUGUAAGCUCUAAUAACACUAGUGCCAAUUGGAAGUCAAGAUCGAUUGAAUUGCUCGAUGAGAUUCUCAACCACUACAGUUUCGACAUUGUGGUGCAAACUUUUUCGCUUGAGAUGUUGAUUGCCGGACUUCAAGGCCAAAAUGAAGACCUCAAAGUGCUCAUUAUCGAAAUUGUUUCCAGGGCAUCGCCACCAGAUUUGGUGGCAAACACCCCGUUCGUGACAACCAUGCUUACGUCACUCACAAAGGUGGACACGUCGGUGAAAACCGUCAAUGCUAUCGAAAAAGCACUUGUCCAGCUGGCGCAUGGAGAACUCGUGCAGAGAAGACUGCUCUCCAAAGAAUGUCAAGAACUUCUGGAUCGAAUAAGAAAUGACCCAAAAGUUCUGUCCCGGUGCUUUGACUUGUCACUGCAGCUUUUGCCCAUCAUCCACGAUCUUCCAUCCCAUCUGUAUUUGAUGUCCGAACAGGAAUUUGUGAAUAGCAACGACGUGCUUCUCAAUGCGUACAUUAUCUCGUUUUACAACAAGCUUUUGGACGUGGUCGAGGUCUCAAAUCUUCCAUUGUGGGAUAAAUUGGAUGAGCAGUUUGGAUACAUCUGCAAACUCUACGUUGACGACAAUUUCAUGGCCAAUCUCAAGAUCUUCUUCACUUUGGAGCCGGUGGUGAUUCUGGCUCAUCUAAGUCAUUCCAGUAAACGCAAAUUUCUCUGUCUGGACCAGAAAUAUCAUAUUGUGAAGCAUGCAAUCACUCAUUUCGACGAGCCUUCGAUCUUUCUUCUUGCCAAUAUCGAUCCUGCUUUAUUGUCUACUCAGACAGAGUUCCUCCAGUCGCUUCCAUUGACGGCUACCACUGUUCCAAUUUUUGGCAAUCUGUCAAGCAACGCGCAUGUGUUUGAGAAACUGGGCGUUUCUCCCUCCAAGGUACUUAACCUGUCAACCACGUCGUUCCUGGAGCUUUUGAAAGAACUUUCAUCCCAUCAACACGCUGUUCAGCAAUUAAUCCACUGGCCAACCGUGAUGAAUAGAUUACUCAACGAAUACACAAAUAUCACCAACCCAGAGAUAUGGAAGCUGAAAAUGACCAUUCUCCAAAACCUUUUCAACGAUGAUAUUGAUAUCUGGAGAGAAAAGGUCCAGCAAGAGAUAAAAAGAAUGAAGGGCCACACAGAAGCUCAGGUAGACGUGAUGGAUACUACCGCAUAA